ACAAUUAUAUAAAUAAUCUCAAUCAAAAACUCCCUUAUAAUCCCUGCAAUUUCCUACCUCGGAUCACCUAACUCGAACCACAUAAUAUAAUUUCGAAAUUGUAAUAGUUUUGUGGUUAUUUAAAUCGGAAUUGUAGCAAUGGACAGCUCCGGGGGCCAUCCGGAGGCAAUGGUACCGCCAGUUGAGGGUGUAGCAGGAGGUGGAACAGCGUAUGGAUGGGGCGAAAGUGGCAUACAAGAUCCAAAUUUGUUGAGGACCUCCAUUGACCCCCUGAAAGUUCAUUCGUCCGAGUUAGUUCAUGCCUGGUGCAUGCCAAGCACAGCGAAUGUCGGCCCACAAGACAUGCCUCGUACAUUGGAGCCCAUAUCUCUUUUGGCAGCAAGAAAUGAGAGGGAGAAUUUCCAGAUAGCUAUACGUCCAAAAGUUUCUUGGGCCGGAUCUACUGUAGCUGGAACCGUGCAGAUGCAAUGUACUGAUCUGUGCUCCACUUCUGGUGAUAGAUUGAUAGUUGGUGAGUCGUUGAAAGUGAGGCGUGUUGUACCAAUCUUGGGUGUUCCCGAUGCCCUUGUGCCGCUUGAAGUACCCGUGUCUCAACUGAACCUUCUUCCUGGAGAAACAACGGCAGUCUAUGUUUCAAUCGAUGUCCCGGAAAUCCAGCCCCCUGGUCAGUAUGAAGGGGAAUUCAUAAUUACUGCUACACGAGCUGACACACAAUCUACUGUACAGUCCCCAAACAAAGCUGAGAGGAAUCACAUGUACCAAGAAUUAUUAAAUUGUCUUGAUUUUCUGGAGCCAAUUGAUGGAAAGCCACUGGAUGAAGUGGCAGAGAGAGUGAAAUGUGCAUCUUCUUCUUUGAGAAAAGUGCUUGAAAUGCCAUCAUUUUCGGAUCUUUAUCUAGAUAAUGGUUCAGGUGAUAUGAUGGAGGAGGAUGCCAUUUCAAACUUUUCAAUCCGAGUGAAGAUGAGUUUAACAGUCUGGGAUUUCGUUCUUCCAGUCACACCUUCUCUUCCAGCUGUUAUUGGUAUAUCCGAUACGGUGAUUGAGGACCGGUUUGGUGUUGAGCAUGGAAGUAGCCAGUGGUACGAGGCACUGGAUGAGCAUUUUCAGUGGAUGCUUCAAUAUAAAAUCAGCCCAUACUUCUGCAGAUGGCGUGAAGGAAUGCGAGUUCUGACUUACACCUGUCCAUGGCCAGCUGAUCAUCCGAAAUCAGACGAGUAUCUGUCUAACCCCAGGCUUGCAGCAUAUGCUGUACCAGAUAGUCCAGUAGUCUCCUGUGGCGAUACAGCAAAGAACUUUCUGCAAAGAGAAGUGGAGCUAUUACGAACAAAGAAUCAUUGGAGGAAGGCCUACUUCUAUCUGUGGGAUGAGCCACUCAACCUCGAGCAUUAUGAAGCUAUUCGUAACAUGGCAAGUGAGAUCCAAGCUUACGCACCUGAUGCCCGUAUUAUGACAACUUAUUAUUGUGGUCCAAGUGAUGCACCCUUAGCCUCAAAUAACUUUGAAUCAUUUCUUAAAGUUCCAGAGUUUCUUCGUCCUCACAAUCAAAUAUAUUGCACAAGUGAAUGGGUGAUUGGAAAUCGCGAAGAUCUGGCGAAGGAUAUCAUAGCAGAAAUACAACCUGAAAAUGGCGAGGAGUGGUGGACUUAUGUAUGCAUGGGGCCGGCAGAUCCUCAUCCUAAUUGGCAUUUGGGGAUGCGAGGCACCCAGCAUCGUGCUGUAAUGUGGCGAGUAUGGAAAGAAGGCGGAACCGGUUUCCUCUACUGGGGAGCUAAUUGCUAUGAGAAGGCAUCAGUUCCUAGUGCUGAGAUUAAGUUUCGGCGUGGCCUCCCUCCAGGUGACGGAGUCUUAUAUUACCCUGGUCAAGUCUUCUCGUCUUCAGCUGAACCCGUUGCCUCCUUGCGACUUGAGCGGCUUUUAAGUGGUUUGCAGGACAUUGAGUAUCUGAAACUGUACUCUUCGAGAUUUGGGCGAGAAGAAGGGCUUCAGCUGUUGGAGAAAACAGGCAUGUAUAUAGGUCCUGAGAGGUAUACCAAUGAGCACAUUCCAAUCGAUGUGAUGAGGGCUGAAGUUUUCAGGACAUGCCGCUCUGAUUCUAACUUCUAAAUUCUGUACCAUCGUUCUGUACUAGGAGAAUACUUUUUGGUCCCAUCUUAUGUUCAUUCAGAUUAUGAAUCUUACUCUACUGUUUUUGUUUCAGUCUUAUGUUUUUUUAGAUUCUGAAUCUUGAACAUAUUUUUAGAAUGGAGAGAGUAUAUUUUACAUUGA